UAAACGGCAUUCAUUGAACAUUGAACAACAACGAAGAGUGAUGAACGAUUUGGCAGAUUUAGCGGUGUUUAAUCUGCCAGUAUAGGAAUUUACAAAAUAACUUACAGUUGGAUGUCAUAAACUAUUAUCCCGGUUGUAUUCUAGGCAACGUGUACUCUAGGAAAUAAAUUAUGGUUUACGUCGAUGGAGUAUAGGUGGCACUAAGUUAUGGCGGAUUUUUGUGAAGCGUCUGUGCUUUGAAAAUGAGACUAGCACAUUUAGUCCAAACUGGCUGCUGAUGUGGGUGUAGUAAUAUAACAGAGCUACAACUUCGUAUAUCCUCUAAAUUAAAAAAAAAAGAAUUCGUAACGCUGAGACCAAGGGAAAAGAGGUUUCAUAUCUCGCAAACGCGAGAGACAAAGAGAGACGACGACAACGUUGCCUUUCAUUUAAAGAAUGCCGACGUUUAGCAGCAGUAGGCCGGGUUACAAGUACGUGAGACCGUUGCUGUCUUAUGUAUUUCGUCGGCGUAUGCUCGCGUUGAUCCUUGCUGUGCUGUUUCUUCACGUAAUUUACAGAUUACUAGAUAUUGACUUUGAAGCUUUAAAUCCACGGUCCAUACGCUACCUUGCAGUUCAGGAGGAACGAAGUCACGAAGCGUGGCUCCAAGAAAUUCAGCGUCGGAAAGACCUUAUUAAAAGCGUGUGCCUCAAGUACAACAUGUACACAAGGAAACUGGGAUUAGACGACUACAAACAUUUGUUCGCAGAGGACAAUCACCAGGUCCUAUUUUGCCGGGUACCGACAAUCUGUAAUACGAACUGGAAGCGAGUGCUGCUGAUAAUGUCCGGGAAACUGAACGAAAGUUUCGUGUGGUCCCAACCGGAUAACCAAAUCCACUACGUUCUAUGGGCGAAAUACGUGACACAGUUAAACACAUUACCGGAAGCCGAAAUCGAAAAACUUCUGAAAUCGUAUCUCAAGUUCUUUUUUCUCAGGAACCCCUUUGAAAGACUGCUUUCAUCAUAUCGGACAAAAGUGGAAAAUUUCGAUCCAGAACACCCUGUGAUAGCUGCAGAAGUCGGGAACUACGUUUUGGUAAACUACCGAAAGAUGGCGCCAAUAUUUCCUGAGAGAAAACAAAUUAAACUUGUGGACGGGGUUUACCACAUAGAACCCAGCGCCGUGAUGGCAUUUCAGAAAUCAAAUAUAACCUUCGAGGAGUUCCUCAGGUAUGUCGCAGACCACAAAGAUAAUCCGGAUCGCCAUUGGGAUCUUCCUCACAGUCUGUGCCACCCUUGUGGAAUAGAGUAUGACGUAGUAGGGUAUUACGACACGAUCGAGGAAGAUGCCAGAAAUAUUCUUAAAAUGGCCAAAGCAGAUCCGGGUCUUGUGUACCCGCCGCGGACUAAACUUGAAAUGCCAACUUCGGAACUGAUGCCAGAGUACUACGGGAAGGUCAGUGAGGACACACUGUCCAGAAUACGGACUAUGUACGAAGUCGACGCUGAUAUGGCGAAUGCGAAAAUCUAGAGGUUUUAGACAUUUUGAAAUUAAAGUGUCUUCUUUUGGUACAGAAGCACGCCGUUAUUUUGUAUUCACUCACAAACCUUUUACUUUUUUCAAAGCGAACUGUGAAAGACCCUGAACAGUUAAGUUUUUAUUUAAGCAUUUUUAUUCAUUCAUUUCUGAAGUAUGUUUUUA